GUAUUAGAUUCUAGGCCUACACUGCGACGUUGCAAUAUCCUAGGCCGAGGCCUUGUAUUAGAGGUGGUUAUGGGCAAAAUCCAUCAUUUUUUGCAUUCCCCAUAACAUAUGGCAAUCACUUUUUGUUUACAUAAAAAUUAUAAUCAUUCAAAGUUUGGUUCCAAAAUUUAAACAUUUGAAAACUAAUGCAAAAAUUCAAUGUAAUUUAGAGACAAAUUAAUACUUCACAAGCAAAAUUACAAGUGGUUUCAAUUGAUUCAACCUAGGAGCGGUUUUAAUUUGGAAAAUGGCGGCUUUGGCACUUAUCCAUCGAAAAAUUCCUUCACUUACUAAAAUGUGUAUGCGGUGCAUCUCUAGUAAGAAUUUAAUAACUUCACAUCAUGAUGAAGGAAGAAAGAUGUGCUGCACCCUUACACCCUAUGAAAGAGAGAAAAGCGAACAAGAGAAUAUAACAAGAAGCUGUGAGAAGAAAUGUUCUGAUGAAAUAAUGGAUCCAAAGAACAAAGUGGCUCUCAUUACAGGUGGCACCUCUGGCAUUGGAUUUCAAACAGCCAAUGAAUUGCUUUGCAAUGGAGCUUGUCAUGUUAUCCUGACUGGAAUAGAUGAUUGCGCUGGAAAGGCUGCUUGUAAACAGUUGAAUUCCAACUAUGGAUCAAAAUCAUGUUCUUACAUCCAUUUGAAUGUAAUAUCUUCUGACGAUUUCAAAGGAGUGUUCAAGUUUGCCGAGGAAAAGUUCGGAUCAAUUGAUAUAUUAUUCAACAAUGCUGGAAUUCUUGAAGAUAAAAAAUGGGAACUGGAAAUUGAAACAAAUAUGAAAUCAAUAAUUCGUUCGAACAUCAUCGGCUUGAAGCACAUGAGCAAGUACAAGAUGCAGAUCCCACGAAUUAUCAUAAAUAUGUCGGACGUGUGCGCAUUGGGAGCUCUGCCUCCAGCUCCAGUCUACACAGCAUCCAGCUACGGAGUUCUGGGCAUCACAAAGUGUUUCGGCUCAAAAUACCACUACAACAGCACAGGGGUGCGAGUUGUCGCGUUGUGCUGUGGAGCAACCAGAACGAACCUCAUCAAAACGUGCAACACGAAACAGCUGACGGACAAAUGGAGCCAGGACACGUUUGAGACGCUCACGGCUAGACCGCUGCAGAAGGCAGAAGUGGUCGGCAAGGCGGUGCUCCAUCUGGUACGGUUCGCCAAGUCCAACACUGUGUGGACUGUCGAGAACUCGCAUCUCUACCAAACCAAACUUCCAAAGAUGGCUUCGAUUAAUUCUAUGAUUAAAAAUUGUGUUAAGUCAAACUUGUCUUGUUAACAGUAACAAAAUUGUGAUUUCUAUGUUUUGAAACAACCAUCGUAAAUUGUAGUAAACAUACCUACAUUAUUUAGAAACAAAUUUCCACUUCUAUUGGCUAAUAAAUUUUUGUCCGGUUCAAGUGAUUUUAUUUUUAAAUGUCUGUACUAUUACCUAUCAGGAGAAAUAUUUUACGUAUAAAUUCACGGAUAAGAUGAUUACCAUCACAUAGAGAAGAAAUAGAGGCAUCACAGAGAGAAUUUUUAAUAAAAUAGAUU